AUGAAGACCUCUUCACUUUCGCUCAGCGCUGGCUCGCUGCUUCUUAUAUCCCUCCUAUCGCCCGCAGUCGCCUCUGAGUAUCAGCUGGUGGAGUCAUGGCAGGGCGAGGAGUUCUUCGACUACUUCCAUUUCUACACCGGAGCCGACCCGACAAAUGGAUGGGUCACCUAUCUUGACCAGGCCAGUGCAGAGAGCUCGGGGCUAGUGAAGGUCACCGACCAGGGCACUGUAUACAUCGGUGUGGAUCAUACCACUACCCUGAGCACCAGUGGGAAGGGUCGUGACUCGGUACGCGUUGGCACCACGAAAUACUAUGAACACUCAUUGGUAGUUGCGGAUAUUGCGCAUAUGCCCGGAAGUGUUUGCGGUUCAUGGCCUGCUUUUUGGACCGUUGGUAAGGAGUGGCCACAGGAUGGUGAGAUUGAUAUUAUCGAAGGUGUGAACCUGCAGGAUCACAAUGAGAUUGUUAUGCAUACUGCCGGUACUUGCGCUUUGACCGAUACAGGUAUGUCGGGUAUUGUCAACGCAACGGGAUGCGGCGAAGCACUAGGAACUGUGGGUUGUGUGAUCGAGGGCCAUAAAGGUAGCUACGGCACUUCGUUCAACAACAAUGGAGGAGGUGUGUACGCUAUGGAGUGGACUGAGGAGUUCCUCAAGAUUUGGUUCUUCCCGCGCAAGUCCAUUCCAGCUUCGAUUACCAAGGGUGAGCCCGAUGUCAGCGAGUUCGGCACUCCGAUGGCACUGGUCCAGGAGGGCUGUGAUGUUGCCAACAGCUUCAAGGCGCAAUCUUUCGUUUUCGAUGUGACUUUCUGUGGUGACUGGGCUGGUGGCGUGUUUGGUGGCUCUGGAUGCCCCAUGACUAGCUCUGACUCCUUCGCAAGCUGCACCAACUAUGUCGCCAAUCAUCCCGCCCAGUUCAAGGAGACUUACUGGGAGAUCAACUCGGUAAAGGUGUACCAGACUGGAGCAAAGCACACGGUCUCAGCUGCUUCACACAGCUCUGCUACUCACGAGGUAUCUCAAGCAGCUGUUACGCAUCAUAAAGCGACCAAGACUGCCACCGAGACGCGCGUAGCUGAAGUUUCUCAAGCUUCGGAGUCAGUGGUUAGUCACUCCACGGAGAAUAGCCACUCGGUCGAGAGCGCCAUUCACGCAUCAGACAUCGUUUUGACUGUGGGCACUGUCGCCCCCCUGGUUGAAUCUACUCCUACCGCAGCUGCUUCCAAGGUCGCGACUGAAGCAUCAGUGGAAGAAUCCCACGCUUCUACCCAGGCGAAACCCGCUACCACCCGAUAUGUUACAGAGUACGUGACCGGUACCACGACAGUCUGCACUUCGACCGAAAGCUCCACCACCGACGCUGCCGCCGAAUCCGUUAUUCCCUCUUCCCAUGCCUCGCAUGCCGCCCAGGAAUCGGAAGUCACUCCCUCCGCAUCAUCCUAUGAAAUCGAACCCCCAGCUGCAGCUGGAUGGAAGACCCCGACUGAGGGAGCAUCUGAACCUCAUACGACUUCCAGCGCUAAAUCCACUCCUUCCCCCCAUUUCAAUCCGUCUGGAACACCGCAGGCGCAAUUUUCUGAUUCGACCCCAAGUGGCGCUGAUGCCGCUUCUAUCAACGAAGCUAGCCCUCGGCCACCGCCUCCCCAGACUACGUCUACUGCAUCCCACCAGAAGCCUGCUACUCGUCCCAGUGGUGGUCCGGGUGACGUGAAGCCUUUAGCAACACCCUCAAAUCCGAUCAUUCCCAAGCCCUCGGGCGAUUCUCCGGCGUCUGCCAGCGGUCAUGUUUUCCCUGGUGCUUCGAACUCCGCAAGCAGCCCUGUUUUCACUGGUGCCGCUGACAGGCUUGCCGUUGGAUAUCCCAUGAUUGCUGCUGCGUUUGGCCUUGCUCUUGUCGCAUAG